UUUUGUUUCGUAAUGAGACUCGAUAGCGUCCACAAAACAACGGAUGUUUACCUCCAUGAUUCAAUCAUCUAUGGUUUGAAAAUGGCUGUUGAGCCUAUGGAGCGCCUAGCUUAAUUUUGUUCAGACGCUGGGGAACUGUUUUAAGCUUGUUUCAUACCUAUUACACGCAUUUUGACGCAAACGCAAACAAAUUUACUUCCACAACAGCCACUACGGACGACUUCCAGUGUGAACCACAAUUAGGCGCUAACAUGAACGUACGCAAAAGUCUGCUGCCCAACGUACACGAGCAAACAUUUUUAGGGGGACAAAAAUGGAACAGCAAUGGUUUUGUUUCGUCCUUGUGUGAUCAAAGCUUUAUGGAAUCGUGCGAUUUUAACGUGUGUGCGUGGGAACUUCGCACACUUCAACAGGGCGGGAAUGUAAUACAUAACUCUGUAAGGUGUAGUGUACUUUCGAUUUAUUUUUAGAUACCCGUUUGUGCGAAGAGCUUCAACCUUGUAUGAACGGUGCCUCCUGCUUUAACUCGCACACCUCGGCCACGUACUACUGUCAGUGUCCGAACGGAUUUGCAGGCACAAACUGUGAAACAUUUGAAUACUGCAGUGAUGAGGUUUGCCGCAACGGUGGUACCUGUUUUUCAAGUGCACUAAAUAGUCAAAAGUUCAUCUGCGUUUGUGCUCCUGGCUUCGCAGGGGAAACGUGCGAGAUAUUCACGGGUUGUGCGGCAGACCCUUGUUUGAACGGGGGAUCAUGUAACACUAUUGAUUCAAUGGAUACAUUCCUUUGCCUCUGUGACAACCCAUUCGUUGGUGACAGAUGUCAAUAUUUUUUGUCAUGUGAUAACGAUCCGUGUGGCAAUGGAGGCACGUGUUAUUCGUCUGAUAGUGGGAUUGGUUACUUUUGUUCAUGUGCACUGGGAUACAAAGGAGCACACUGUGAAACGACCGUUGAAACCUGUUCGGGCGAUCCAUGUUUGAACGAGGGUACAUGUUACAACAAGCGAGGUGGGAACGGUUACCUAUGUAAAUGCACCUCAGUUUUCACUGGGGACAACUGCCAGUUACAAAAAACUAAUCCAUGUAUAUCGUCACCUUGUUUCAAUGCCGGAACGUGUUACAGAUCGUCGGACACGGAUGGAUUCUACUGUAGAUGUCAACCGGGUUUUAACGGCAUGCUGUGCGAGAAUAAUGAUCCUUGCAGUUCAAACCCGUGUAAUGGAGGUGCAACGUGUUUUACAUCUCAGUAUGGCAACGAUAUCUACUGUAAAUGUCAAGUUGGAACAUCUGGUCCAAGAUGUCUUCAGUAUGAUGCGUGUAUGUCAAUUCCGUGUUCGAGAGGAGGAACUUGUUUGAAACCUUUAAAUGGAAUCGGUUACCAAUGCCUCUGUCCUAAAGGAUAUAAAGGACUUAACUGUGAAGUUUAUGAGCCAUGUGAUCCUAACCCAUGUAUGUUUAAUGGACUUUGCUACCGGUCAAAUGCUGGAAACGACUUCUACUGCCAAUGUCAUACCUCUUACAAGGGCAAAUACUGUGAAAAUAGAGACCCAUGCUACAGCAACCCGUGUAAUGGUGGGGCAACCUGUCAGGCAGAUGAAAAUGGGGAGACCUUUGAAUGCAGUUGUCCCUGGGGUUGGCUUGGUGAAACGUGCACUAAGCAAGGUAAGUUUUCACCUAUAAACAUUUCAAACACUUGACAGAUACACAUACAAUCUGCUACACCCUU